AUGCUCUCUCUUUCCACCUCUCUCUUUAUACAUCUCUCUUUUCACCCCUCUCUCUCUUUCCACCUCUCUUUCUUUCCACCUCUCUCUUUCCACCUCUCUCUCUUUCCACCUCCCUUUCUUUCCACCUCUCUCUUUCAACCUCUCUCUCUCAUUCCACCUCUCUCUCUUUCCACCUCUCUCUCUCUCUCUUUCCACCUCUCUGUUUUUCCACCACUCUCUCUCUUUCCACCGUCCUUUCUUUCCACUUCUCUCUCUCUCUUUCCGCCACUCUCGCUUUCCACCUCUCUCUCUUUCCAACGCUCUCUCUUUCCACCUCUCUCUUUCCACCUCUCUCUUUUCACCUCUCUCUUUCCACCUCCCAUUUUCACCUCUCUCUUUCCACCUCUAUUUCUUUCUACCACUCUCUCUUUGCACCAUCCUCUCUCUUUUUCCACCUUCCCGUGGUUGUGUUCGUGCUUAUAUUUCAGCUUUCAUUAA